AUGAUAUCAAAACAUCAUGGUGUAGUCUUAUCUGUAAGAUGUCAACCUCUCAGCGUGAGACACACUUUUGUCCAACAAAUUAGUAUGAUGUUGAUUGAGUUGACACUGACACUGCCGUUAAACUGCCAGUUUCAGUAUCAUGACAGGAACGUUUGGUCAUGCCAGUGGACUGUUACCGUGAAGCAUGGAGAACAUGCAUUGAUGGGAAGUAGACCAUACACUGAUACCGACUAUGGUGAUACUGGCAGUUGA